CCCUUGACCUGCAAACCUGCUGCACGGCCAUUUUUCAUAUCACUCUCGCCCUGACAUGCACUGCCCUUUUUGACUGGCCCUGCCGUUUGCCUUGAUAAUUUGUCGAGUUGAAUCGAUGAAACCCCCAUCCCUUCUCAUUGAUAUCUCUCUGCAUCUCCGCCCGCUGCUACUGCUACUGCUACUGCAACUGCUGCUGCGGGUCCCGGUCCCUUGCUCCAAAGCGCUGAUGAGCUAAGCCAGCGGCCCACGUCCCUCGAGAUAGACAGACAGACGGACGGACAGCAGACGGACAGGACCGUAGUCAGCCAGAGCCUGGGCCUACCUGCCUACGGUUCUGUUAGCUUUUGGCUGCACCGGCAGAAAAAAAAAGAGAGCACAGAAGACAGUCCAGCCCAGCCCAGUCCAGUCCAGCAACCCCCCCCCCAUUCCCCCAUCCCCCAUUUCUGCCACCGCCGACCGACGCGACAUCAGCGCGACGAACCUCCAGUUUUCCCCCGGCCUUGUCAUCAUCAAAAUUCAUUCCGCCCAGGCCCCUGCCCCCCACCCUCGCCUUGCAUCACCGCACCGCACCCCAUCGCAUCGCGACAGGGCCGACAACAUGGCCUCGCCUGCCGAUGCCGUCGCUGUCCCACAGCCAAACGGCCUUGCAGACCCCGAGCCCAAGUCGCAACCCCAAUCCGACCACUCCCAACCCGCUGAUCCAUCUGCGAAGCGGAAACGCGAGGCCAGCGACGAUGCUCCUGCCGAGCCAACCAUCAACGGGUCCCCCAACGCCAACGCCAACGCCAACGCCGCCCGCGAUCCCGACCAAGAACACCACCAACCCGACCACGCCAGCGACCACCGAGACGGCGAUGCCAAAGAAGCCAAGCCCGCCGUCAAUGGCGACCGACGUCCACUACGCGAUGAGAGCUCACUCAUCCGCGAUUACUUCCGCGUCCUACAGAGGCACGACACAACGCCCUCCCUUCUGAAGCGACCGCUGCCAGACCCCUCCACUACUGAAGAGCCCCAGCCGAAGCGACAAAAAUCCGACGAUGACUCCAAGGCGCAGUGCAUCGAGGACAAGGUCAGCCGGGACUCGUACAAGCUGCUCGACCAGCUCGUCCUUGACCUCAAGCAGGUCAUCCGGGACAGGAUAGCCGAAAUGCGAGCCGCCCAGUCUGCCGACGCUGCUAAUUUCGACGAGGACGCCCUGACACAACUUCACAAUUUCAGAGACACCGCCAUGGCUUUGCACAGUCGAGAGAUGUCGUAUCCCGAGGCUGCCCCGUCCACUACAAGAGACGCCGCUUCGGCCCUUGAAGAUGUUGCACAAGGGCUAUCGAAUGGCAAUUCUGUGCUGACCCUGUUCGGAAAUGCGCAGCAGCCUAGGCCCCUCUUCUCUAGUUUGCCCAAGAGGACUACAGACCCUGACCACCCUGAAGGCAUCGUCAAGCCUCUGCCCGACGUCCAACUGCCCAACGGCCUGUCCUUGACCAACGUUCUUCCAUCAGCCACAUCGGAGAAGCCAGCUCGCGUCGCUACUCUGGGCGAGCUGUUUCCAUCACCGGCCAACCUGCCACCCUUACAACCGCCCAAGGCCCCAAAGACCACGACGAAAAGCAAGAUUCUGGGCUUCUAUCACCCGGAGCUGGCAGAGCGGUCGAGGUACAGGCAGGGCUCCUACUUCUCGGCGGACCUCACAACCGGCGUCUGGUUGGACUACAGCAAUGCGACACCGCCAUCCAAGAACAAAUCGCGUCAGCGCGAGCGUACCUUGAGCCUGGCGGGCCAGAAACCCUCGACGGCUGAUGUCGAGAUGACCGAGAUGGAGGCCUUGUUCCGCGGCGCCUUCUCCAGCUUUGCGCCCGAGAAGGACGACAGUGGCGCCAUAGUCUCAUCGGGCGAGGUCGCCCGCAUCUGGUACCAGCGCCACGGCCACAGGUACAUGGAGCAGAUGAUCGAGUCGGAACUGGCAGGGCAGGAGGGCGACGCUGCGGAUGACCUCACCGCUCCUCUGCCGAUCGACGAGGACCAAAUCGCCGAAAUCGUGGAGAACUGGGAUGAUAGCCUAGUGGACCCGGCCUUGAGCAUUGAUGAUGUGUUGGGCAAGAAAUCGGACGAGGAGAAAGAAGUUGACGAUACCCUCCAAGAAAUCUCCGACCUCAUCGAGACGCUUUCUUCCUACCAGAGAAACCGCAACAUGACCCUGCCGACCAGCCAGAACCGGAACUCGGCAGAUCCUGCCAAGGCUGACAUGCUCAAUGGGCCUCUGGCUCAGGAGCCUACAGAUGAGGAACGAGAUACUUACCAGAUGUUGAGGGACCAGCUUGCCGUUAUCAUCCAGGCGCUGCCACCCUACGCCGUUGCCCGGUUGAACUCGGACAAGCUCGAGGAGCUCAAUGUCAGCACAAGGAUCGAAAUUCGCAGUGAUGUUUUCCGAGGCAUUCUGGAGGAGGAUGUAUCGGCCAGGCACCGACACCACUCACAAUCCGCGCAGGCGGCUCAAACUCCCCGGCAGCCACAACGGACGCCAAGCUUCCACAGCACUACGGGGUACCAAGGCCAGCCUUAUAGUCGACCAUAUCAGCCACAGAACCAGACCCCAGUCCCGUUGCCGAAUCAUUACCAGCAGUCGCCGGCGCGACCGCCGAUGCCUCCAAACUUCUCACGGCAGGUAUCUGCUCCCAUGCCAGGCAUGACGCCCCAGCAUCAGCGGCCGGUCUCGGGGCAACCUUUCAGACAACCCAAUGGAUACACCCCGCAGGCAAUGCAGCAGGGCAGGCCGUAUGGUAAUCCGACAGCAGUCCCGCCGUUCCAGGCAAGUCCUGGCCAGCCAAGGAUGGCGGGUGGUUAUCCGGGAGGGCCCCAGCCUGGCACCCCCGGGCAGAGGUAUCCUUCGGGCUACGGGGCUUACAACGCGCAGCAGCCGCAGGCAGGGAUGCAGCCCCAAUUCCACCAGCAGGCCCCAAAUUUCGCUCCUCACAUGAAUGGUGCAGGCUCGAUCCCGCCGCGGACCAUGUCUCCACAGGUACCGCCAUAUCCGGCUGGACAAAAUUACUCGCCCCGCACAGGACAGCAGUCAAUGCCUCGGGGGCAGCCUUACGGCACCCCAGGCCAGCCAGGCGGACACGCCGGUGUCCCCCGCUACCCUUCCAAUGGGGUGCAACAAGGCGCCCCUCACAGCCCUGCGACCGGCGGGGGUCAAGGCGGAUGGGCAAACCCAAUGUCACCACAGCGGCAGUACGAGCAACAGCUGCAGGCGAGGAACCAGGCCGCGGCGCGCAUGAAUGCGUUCAGUGACAAGAUCCAGAAUCACAGCGUAGCGGGUCUGGGAGGCAUUGGUCUGGGAGGCACGCCGGGCCACAUGAGGACCAACAUGCCUGGAGGGGUGGGCCAGUCGUCACCCAGUCCUCGACCGCCAUCGGCUGCGGGUGGCUUGAACGGUGUGCCCCAGCCUUCCCCCAGUCCGGCAUCAGUCCCGGGUGCGUCCCCCUCUCCAGCGGCCAUUCCUCCGCAGGCGCCGGCGUAGGGCGCCGGUCAGUACCUGCCGCCUAUCCGGCAGGGUGUCUAUACGGGAAUACACGUGUUGGUGGGCUUGUCUGGUGUAUGAAAAAGUUCCAUCUUUGGAUGCUACCCGCGCAGAAGGCGGAGAGCAGGCUCGCAAAACCAUGAGGUAUUCAUUUACACUCAAAACACACAAACACACAACAUUGUUUCGGGUCAUGUUCAAAUAAGUUCUUAGCCCAAACAUCCUUAAGUCAUGGCGUAUGCCUGUUGUCAGAGUACGGAGCGGCAGGGACGUUUCUUUGCCGGGGUGCAAAUGGGGAUCGGAGUUCAUGGUUCGGAUAAACCUGAUGAUGGAGGCAGGGGUUCCUUUAUUUCAUACCCCAGCUCAUGUAAAAGACGAUUUUGGUGGCUUGACGAAUUGCAGAGCUCCAUUAAUUACUUACUGCUGCGUAUAGAGAAAGGAUGAAAAAGAACGCUUGUUCAGUUGUCAA